UUCAAAUAAUGCCGUAUUUAAGGUUUUUUGUUGGCAAAAGGGAAAAUAUCAAGUUUAUAUUAUCACAUGUUGAUUGUAUCAAGAUUCUCGAAAUAUGUUGAUAUGUAGGCUAUCAUGAAAUAUAGUAACGACAGAAAUCAAGUGCACAUCAUCUGUACAUCUAUAUUAUUAUUUUAUUUUAUGGAAAGAUUUCUGAAGUAUUGCAUUUAUGUUUUGUGGUGUGCCCUGAAGUUUUUGGUUGAUCAAAAUUGUAAAAGUUAUUGACAAUAAUUGUAAAAUUAAUUAAAAAUUAUAGUCAAUCAAAGAAAACUUACAGAAUUGGAAAGUGCUCCAAACACUCUAAUGUAAUUUAUUUAUAAGAGAUUGUCCAAAAACCACCCUAGCAAUGCCAUCCAACAACGAUGUCUGAAAAUAUUGUCCAAAAAAAGUGUUCAAGUAAAGGAAAAUCUAAGAAAAAAUCUGAGAACCCGAACAAAAACGAAGUUGAUACUGUCACAAAAAGCCUCGAGCCAAUUCCUGAUCAAUUGAAAUGCGAAGUAUUUCCCAAAAAGAGCAGAAAAAAGAGAGGGAAAACCCACAAAAAGGAGUCAUCAACCCCUCUAAUUAAUGAGGAUGGAAGGAGUAUCAAUAACGAAGAGGUAAAGAUUGAAAGAUUACAACAAUUAGAAGUGGGAGAUGGUGUUUGUGUUGAAAACAAAAAAGAAAAAACGCCGGAGAAAAAUAGAUUGUUAGUUAUCAAGGAAGAAGUAGAUUCAAAUACUAGUUCCCCUGAGAAUGUAACUGAAUCUGUUGGGAGUAAAUCAAACUCUGAAUUGCACACUUUGAAGAAUUAUGAUAAAAUCCUUGAAACAAGAGAAAACAAUGGAAAAAAGCCGAAUAAGAAAAGACGAUUGGAAGAUGGGAAGGAGAAAAGUGUAUUAGAAACAGUCCCUCCUGAAAAACUUAUUAAGAAUGAAGAGACUGAGAUAAUAAUGAAAGCUCAAAAUUCGAAAGAAGGCAAUGUUUCUCCAACAACAGUUGAGAACGAGGAGUAACCCAAGAAGAGGAGAAAAAGAAGGAAUAAACAAAAACCUGGUUUGGAAAGUGCUUCGUCUGAACAAUUAUUUUCAGAUUCUGUUGAAUUGAUAAAUGGAACAUCCUCCAAUCACGAUGAUAUACAAGAUCAAAACACAAAAGAUGACAAAGAUCCAGCAGAUUACUGGGAAGAAUCACGUUCUAAUACUAACAGUAAAAAGGAUAUUAGAAAAAUCAGCAAACGAAAAUUUUCUGCCGAUUCAGAAAUUAGUGGAGUAGAAGUUAUUUCAGAAGAAGUGCAAAGUAAAGUUGAUGCUAUUGAUUCUACACAAUCAAAUGAGGUAGUGAAGAGUGACUCUGCAAAUAGUAUGAGUAAGAGAAGGAGAAGGAAUAAGAAUAAAUUGAGGAAUGAGGAGCAGUCAAUGACGGAGGAAGAGGAGGUGAGCAUCAAAAAAGUUGAAGAGGAAAAAGUUUGUAAGAAACAAAUGGCUAGACAAGUUAAAUCGGAGGUUUAUGAAGAGAAUGAAGAAAAUAUUAGCAAUCUGACAGAUGAUUGUGAGAUUGCUAAGAAAAGUAAACGCAGACGUCGCAAAGUGAAUACAUCUAGAUCCGCAUUAUUAAUAAGAUCAGAUUUAAAUGGCACAAAUCAAUCUCUUUUCCAGAAUGAUAUUGAACAAGAAAUGCAUGAGAAGGAAGCAGCUGCUCUUAGAAGAAAGCCAAGUGAGAUAUACAAUCAAACAUGUACAGGAAAAAUACAAUCAAAUCAAUUUUUGGGUUCAUAUAAUAAAAGUCAGGAUAAAACUGAGAAAAAUAACGAAAUUAGUUCUGAAAUACCGAUCACCAACUCAGAUGAGCUAGAAUUGUCACCCAUUCUAAAAGUUCCAUCCAUUAAUAAUAUAACUGGUUAUCCAAACAGCAGUGAUUCCGUUAACUUAGUAAAUAAUGUUGAAGUUCAGAAAACUUAUGCAGAUAAACUCAAAGAAUCAAGUGUUAAAAUUAAAGAGGAAUCAAAGCUUGUUUUUAUUUUGAGAGGGGUUGAUGAUUCCAAACAAUCUUUUGAGAUUUCAAUGGAAGAUCAGAAGAAAUGUAAGAAAUCAAAAUCUAAGACCAAACAGUUUAAACCAAUAUCACCACCUAUAUUAGAAUCUAACUGUGAGUCAAAUGAAGAUGGUAAUUUAUUUUCGAUGGAGAAUUUAGUGCAGAAGAAUACUAAAAGAGCUUCUAAAAAUGUAGAACCUAUAUUAGCUACAAGUAAAGUGGAAAACAAUGAGCCAGAUGACAAGAAGAUACCUGCCAAAGAUGUGAGGGAAAAUGAUGACCCUCUUCAACAUGCAGAAAGAGAUAAGAAUGUUAAAAAACGUAGAGUGAAACAUGUUUCGGUGCCUGACAAUCAAAUAAUUUAUUCUAACAGUAAAUCACUGGGAACAAAUAUUGGGGAUAAUACUAUUUCGGCACCUAAAGUGGGGAAAGAGAUAACGUUUAAGAUUGUGGGAAAAGAAAGUGAUGAAUUCGAUGGUAACAUAAAUCAGGAUGAUGAAUCACUCCUCAAGAAACCAAGUGAAAAUAACACACAACAGGAUGAUAGUAGAAACAAAAAGUCAAAAUCAAAAAAGAAAAAACGCAAUGUUUCACAAAUUGAGACACCUGAAGUCUCGCCAGUUAAUGAAGGAACCGUGAAUAAUGAAACUAUAUUUCAAUCAAGUUCAGAAGAGUUGACUGGCAAAUCUGAAGUAGACUAUAUAGUGCCAGUAGAUAGUAGUUCCUCUGUUUCUCAAAACUCCAGCAUAAAUGAGGAAGCAGUCUCAAGGCAUUCUGAAUCUAUUAAAACCCCUAAGAAUGUUGAUAAAGAUGAAAGAAAAAGAGGAAAAUUGAAAAAGGACAAACACGUGAAGAAUGAGAUUGAAUCGAAGAAAAUAAAAAUGCAGAAUUCUGAUAAAAAUCCAAUACCAUUAAGGGAUAACAAUCAGCCAACCUGUCUGUUUACUGAAGCUGCAGUAAGUACUCAAAACUAUCAAAAUUCAGUAUCAAGUAAGAGGGAUUCAAUUAUUCCAGCAUCAGGUCAAUGUGAAACUACAAAAUAUGGUAACUCAAGCAAAACUGUUCAUAAUCUGAAUUCCCUUGAAAUUCCAAAAUAUGAUUUAUUCGCGAUAUCAGAAGCAGAAAAACGAUUUGCCAAAUUAUUGGAGAAAGAACACAAUAAUAAUGAUAGUUCUAAAGUUGUAGCUAGAGAAUCAGAUAAAUUCACAAACUCUCAACAUUCAGAUUCCCUUGAAAUCCCAAAAUAUGAUUUGUUUGCAAUAUCAGAAGCAGAAAAACGAUUUGCCAAAUUAUUGGACAAAGAACACAAUAAUAAUAGUUGUAAUGUUCUAGCUACAGAAUCAGACAAAUUCUCAAAUUUCAAUCCACAUUUGGAUUCCCUUGGAAUUCCAAAAUAUGAUUUGUUUGCAAUAUAUGAUGCAGAAAAACGAUUUGCCAAGUUGUUGGAAAGUGUGCACAAUGCUUCCCGAAAUAAUAAUAAUUGUUAUAAUGUUCUAACUACAGAAUCAGACAAUGAUUCAACCAAUGAUAACUACACCAAAACUACUGAUGAACUACAUGUUAACUGUUCUGGAGAUGAAUUUGGGGAAAUACCUGAUGGAACAAGUAAGAUUGUCAAUCCAGAUCUGCAAACAAUAUUCUCUGAAAGCUUUUCCAGUAGGCCUACUACAGCCAGUAGUUGUGAUGAAAAGUCAUCUGCACAAAAAAUGUGUUCUUGGUCGCAAGUUGCAGCUAAAGAAGCGAAAACAAAAACUGACGACUCACAAGAUCAUGCAUCUGAAAAUCAGCACAAGAACAAACAACAAUCAUUAGAAUUUUCGAAAACAGUUAGAAUCAAAGUAUGUGAUAGAGUUGCCUCCAGAGUUAAUAUUAGUCUUGCUGAGGAUUCUGAAGGGUUUGUAAAGUAUGUUUCCAAAAGAGAGAUGCGUAAACAAAGGUCGAGAACUAGUUCAAGAAGCGAUGAUGAAGAUUUGUCUCGGGCAGUAGAGAGUAUUCAAAAUGAGACAUUAAAUAAUAUCGCCAAUAAAUCUGAUACUGAAGAGGGAACUAUAAGUGACUCGAAUGGAAGUGACUCAAUUGAGCCAUCUGAAGCAAACACUGAUCGGAUUACUUUGGACUCAGUAUGGAUAAACGAGAAUUCGGAAAGAAAGGAAAACUAUAGUGUACGACCAUCUGAAGGUAUUGAGACCUCAGCUAGUGACACUGAUGAUAACAGUGGUUCAAGAAUUAAUGAAACGUGUAGACAGAGAAAGAAAUCGAAAAGCAUUAUUUUUGAACCCACAGUGAUAGUUCAUACAAAUACGAGUUCACACAGUAUGGGGAUUGAUAUUAAACCACCAUCCUUACUUUCUGAUACCUCAGCUAGUGACACUGAUGAUAAUUGUGGUUCUAGAAGUAGCAGUGAAAGCCGUUCAACCUCAAGUAGAAAAAGGAGAAAAUCGAGAGGUAAAAAGAGGACUCUGGAUGAUGGAUCUUGCGGUGGAACUGACUUGAGAGCUAGGCCUGGAAGUACAUGUAUCUUAGAUGGACAACCAAUGCAUUUGGACAGUAAAGAUGGAGCUGCUGCUUUAGGAGAAUCCAAUAACACCAUUCCAGAAGAUAACACUGAUAAAAUAGAGGAUAACAAAUCACCUGAAGAGAGUGAUGAUACAAUUUGUAAUCAAAAACCAAAUUCUCCAAGAAUCAAAGAACUAUUUGUUAUGAUUUUCAUGGAGCUCUAUUUAUUGUUGAUUUAUUAUGCAACUGGCUUAGGGAAGAAGAAACCUGAAUAAUUAUUUGUUUGUUAAUAAAUUUUGUAUUUUCAAAAAAA